GUUAUCUAGGCCAGUCAGAAUUUCCAGUCCGGUUACAAAACAUACAGCAGAGUUUUAGCUUCCUCCUCUCUCCUUUCAUGAAUAACCCUUCUGUGCUGUCAUUUUUCUCCAUGAGGCUGGAGUAGGAGGCACGAGCAAAGAUGGCGUUCAGUUGGUGGCUUCUUCCAUUGAUGUUACAAGCGCUACAUGGGGUGACAGAUGCCACGGUGAAACUCAACAAUGGUGGGUUUGAAGACCUUGUCAUUGCAAUCAACCCUCAGAUACCCGAAGACAACAAAAUUGUCGACAACAUAAAGGGCAUGGUUCAAGAAGCAUCUGCUUACCUCUUCGGUGCAACACAAAAAAGAUUUUACUUCAAGACUGUAAAAGUGAUCAUUCCCUCGAUGUGGAAAACAAAAGCUGACUAUCAAAGAGUAACUAGAGAGUCAUACGAUAAGGCAGAAGUCAUAGUGGCAGCUCCUUACCUGAAACAUGGAGAUGAUCCCUACACGCUACAGUAUGGCGGAUGUGGGGAACCUGGGCGAUACAUUCAUUUAACUCCUAACUUCCUGACAAAUGACAAGUUGCUUGACGCUUAUGGACCACGAGGCAGAGUCCUUGUCCACGAAUGGGCUCAUCUCCGAUGGGGAGUCUUUGACGAAUAUAACAACGAUGCACCUUUCUACUCUCCUGGGGGAAACAGCAUGCCUGAAGCAACGAGGUGCCCAGCUACUUUCAAGGGUAGCUACGUAUUCCUGCUCGCUGAUGGAACUACCAGACCAUGCAAAGUUGAACCAAAAACUCAGCUGUAUGAAUCUGGGUGCCAAUUUAUUCCAGAAAAAAAUCAAAAUACUCCAACAUCUAUAAUGUAUGUGCAAAGUAUCCCAUCGGUUACUCAGUUCUGUGACAAAAGCAACCACAAUACUAAAGCAACAAAUAUGCAGAAUAAAAUGUGCAACUACAGGAGCACCUGGGAUGUAAUUACGACUUCUCCUGACUUUGCCAAGUCAACUCCACAAAGAGCUCCUCCGCCUAGCCCCACUAUCACUUUGCUGCAAAAACAGGAGAGAGUUUUGUGUCUAGUACUUGAUGUUUCUGGAAGUAUGGGUUCGAGCAAUCGCAUUGGUCGGCUGAAGCAAGCUGCAGAAAUAUUCGUCCUGCAGAUUAUUGAAGCGGGAUCCUGGGUUGGAGUAGUCACGUUCAAUAGCGCGGCAACAGUCCAGACUCAACUGAGGCAGAUCAGCAGCGACAGCGUGCGCAAAACUCUUGCAGGGUAUCUUCCUACUUCAGCUGGUGGAGGAACCAACAUAUGUUCCGGAGUGCGGUCAGCAUUUCAGGUGUUUUUAAAGAAGUACCCAAAUACCAGAGGCUGUGAAAUUGUGCUCUUGACGGAUGGACAAGAUAACCAAGUAAAUUCCUGCUUUACCGAAGUUCGAAAUAGUGGGUCUAUAAUCCACACCAUUGCUUUGGGACCAAGCGCUGAAAAAGAACUAGAAAUGCUGGCAGACAUGACGGGAGGUCUGAAAUUUGCUGCCACUGACAGCUUGAAUUCCAACGGUCUCAUUGAUGCUUUCAGCGGAAUUUCUUCAGGAAGUGGAGAUCUCAGUCAACAAUCUAUUCAGCUUGAAAGUAAAGCGCAGCAAGUGGCUGCCAAGAAAUGGAUGUAUGGUACAGUAUCCAUUGAUAAAACGGUGGGAAAAGACACUUUCUUUGUCAUUACAUGGAGUGCAAGCACAACUCCACCAGAGAUGUUUCUGGACGAUCCCAAGGGGAAAAAGUACCGUACAAAGGACUUCAUAACUGAUAAAACCAACCUACAGACAGCCCGGCUCCAGAUUAGUGGAAUCGCAGAGGCAGGAGACUGGAGGUAUUCCCUGCUGAAUCAAAAUACAGCUCAAACCAUGACAAUAACAGUCACGAGCCGAGCAAGGUCAGCAACUGUGCCUCCAGUUCAUGUGACGCCUCUUAUAAAAAGAACGCAUAAGUUUCCUGAUCCGUUGGUUAUUCACGCAGAAGUCAGCCAAGGGUUCUUACCUGUGACUGGUGCAAAAGUCAUAGCCACAGUUGAAGCAGACAAUGGAGCAGCUGUGGAUCUAGAGCUUUUGGACAAUGGCGCAGGUGCCGACAUUAUAAAGGAUGACGGAAUCUACUCGAGAUAUUUCACAUCGUUCAAAGUAAAUGGUCGACACAACCUAAAAGUGCGAGUCCAGGGACAAGGCAAGACUGGCAGAAGGAUCCGUAGGCAAAGUCAAGCUUUCUUUGCACCAGGGUUUGUAAAUAAUGGUGUAAUAAAUAUGAAUCCCCCAAAACCGGAAGUUCGUGAUGAUGACAUCGAAAUUGACGUAGGAAAUUUCAGUAGAGUGGCAUCAGGUGGCGCUUUUGUAAUGUCAGGCGUUCCUCCUGGUGGUAGUAAAAAAGAUGUUUUCCCACCCUGUAGAAUCACUGACCUUGAGAUAAAACCACUUGGUGAUUAUCAGUUCCUUUUGUCCUGGACAGCUCCUGGGAAUGACUAUGAUGAAGGAAAAGCUGAAAGGUACGAAAUAAAAAUGAGUGAAGAUCCCUCGGCGUUAAUAGAUGCAGCUUUUCAAACAGCCACCUCUGUGAAUACUGCUGGUCUGAAAAUGGAAGUCGCUGGGGUCAAGCAAUCCUUCCAGUAUAACGCAGAAAACUUAAAAAAAUCAAAUGGCACCUCCAUCUACUUUGCCAUUCGUGCCAUUGAUGGUAGCAACAAUGUCGGAGAAGCAUCUAAUAUAGCCAGAGCAGUCGUGCUUGUUCCCAUAUUGCCAACCACCCCAGAUGAUACGUUUUGUCUGUAGCUUGUGUUUUGCAUAAAUAAAAUACCAGGAGUCUUGAUACUGGAAUGCAAUAAUACAGCUAGGAUUCUGUUUCUGUUUUGAAUUUUAAUUGGCUCAUUGUUUGUAUGCUCUUUUUUUUCGUAAUUUUCAAGUCUACAGCUAAGCAGCUUCCAUAAUAGAAAUGGCUUUAAAAAAUUGUACUCAAAUAUUUCAUGGCAGAAUUGUCACAAUUAAAAUGCAUCAUUAUCUUUAAAUGUGAAUUUAGUAAGUUGGCAACCCUAAUAAGCAGGUGCACUAGGGCAAACUUGUGUGUUUGGCAACCUAGUAAGUUAAUGUUUGUUAGAGACACUUAUGCUUGUGAGAUAUUCAUCUGUAACACUUUUAACAGCCUGUGCUAAACCUCUUUAGCCUUUUAUUCUUUCAAGUUAAGAAAACUCUUUUUAAUGCAGUUGGCUUGUGAGAUCUGGUGAGCAAAAUGCAUCAGCUUUGCUAAGAAAUAGUUCUAGUGACAGCAUAGCAAUGGAACAGUGACACAGUUAUGUGCUAAGGUGGUUUUUGCUUACAGGAAGGCAGGAGAGAAAGAUUGAGAUGAGACUGUGGGUCUUUGAAAUGUGGGGUGCUGCCAUGUAUGUGGAGAGAAAAAUAUUACGAUAAUUCAGAAGUCUGGAUCACGGCAGAGAAGAGUGCUGUGUUCACAAGACAAGACGGAUUCUAUGGGAGAGAACUUUUGUUCUCCAUAAUAUGUGGCAAUAAAAUCAGAGCACUCUCAAUGGCAAUUUGGAGAAGAACCAGUUCACAAAAAAGGGUUGCAAAUUCACAUAAUAUUGAACAGCAGGGAUUUUCAAACGCGAGACAUGACCACAGUGCUUCCAUCUCUCACCUUAUUUUUCCCUUUUUGUACAGAGCUCUCUGGCUAGGAUCCUCUGCUUUUGUGUGUGUUUCUGCUGUCCUUGGUGGGAGUGCACUAGGCUUAGGGUACUAGUAGGAUUAUGCCUUCACUUUCGAUUCCCCCUUUCCAGUGUUCCUCUUCACAAGGGAGAGAGGACAUCCUAACCUGUGUAACAUUUUGUUAUGCAAUAAAGCUUCAGACUCUCCUUUUUGCUCUGGUUAUCUGUUCAUCUAUCUUCCUUUGCAAAGGAAGAACCUAGGUUGCAGUCCAAUUGUUUAUCCUGGCAUCUUUGCAGAAAAUGACCCCGGGCUGAUCCCUUUGACACACACAC